AAGAUCUUAAAACAACACACCUAAUUUUGUUUCAGGUGUGUGUGGAGGCGUGGGGGUGUGAUUACGUGCUAGAAUGACAAGACUGAUGUUCUAAUGUAUCUGUUUUCAGGUUUUCUAAUCUUCAUUGAUUAAAUAUACCAAGAAUGUUUGGUUCAAAUUUUGAUUGGGAUACAGAUAGUACUCAGGAUAUUUUAAAUGAAAAACUGUUUGGGAAGAACUCAAGUGGUGUAAUUGAACAGAGUCAUGAUAAAAAGACAGCUAAAUUAAAAAGAAAACAUAAUACUUCUGCAACAAUGGAAAAUGAAAAAAAGUCAAGGAAGAAAGAAAAACAUGUCGAAGUUUUAAAUGAUGUUGAUCCUGUCUAUCGUGUAAAGAAUUGUCCGUCUGAGGAAAAUACUGCAAAACACGAAGAACUUGCAUCAAAAGAGAAAAGGAAGAAGAAGAAGAAAAAAAAGAAGAUGUCUAUGGUUCCAUUGGAUAACGAUCUUCAGGAGACUAAAGUUGAAAAACUUGAUACUAAACAAGACAUUGUAUCAUCUGAAUCGAAUGUAAAAAUACAAAAUAACGGUGUAACUCUAAAGACUUUAAAUCAUAACGAACACCUUAAAAAGAAGUCGAAGAAAACAAAGUCAAAAAAAGUAGAGCAAGAAGUUAAUAAUAUAAUUGUUUCGCAGCAUACUUCCCAUGCUGAUAAGCCAGUUUUAAAACAGGACGAAAGUAACACGGACAGAUCAUUUCAUCAAUUUCAAAAGUCAAGUCAAAAUAAAAAAUAUAGUAAAUUUCAAGCCAAACUUAAUCGCCAACUUGAAGGUGGUCACUUUCGAUGGAUAAAUGAGAAACUGUACACAAGCAAGAGUGUAGAUGCGAAUGAUAUGUUUCAAAGUGAUCCUAAGCUCUUUGAAGUUUAUCAUAAAGGUUUUGUAGCACAAGUUCAGCAUUGGCCACAAAAUCCAGUCGAAGUUUUAAUUAACCAGAUCAGAGAAAGGGAGCAGGUUCUUGUGGUUGCAGAUUUUGGUUGUGGUGACGCAAAAAUUGCACAGAGUGUGCCGAACAAAGUUCACUCGUUUGAUUUGGUUGCUGUCAAUAAAAAUGUAACUGCUUGUGACAUGAGAAAGGUGCCUUUAAAGAGCAAUUGCGUUGAUAUUGCAGUGUUUUGUUUAUCUUUGAUGGGGACGAAUAUAGUGGAUUUCUUGCUAGAAGCGAAAAGAGUUUUAAAAAACCGUGGAUCUCUACUGAUAGCAGAAGUAAAGAGUCGAUUUGAAGAUAUCAAAACCUUUCUAAGUGAUGUAACCUCGCUUGGGUUUACUUUAAAAGAAAAGGAAGAAUCCAACAAGAUGUUUGUGAUAUUGCAGUUCGAAAAUUCAGGUGACGUAAUCAAUAAAAACUUAACGAUUUCAUUGAAACCAUGUAUUUACAAACGUCGCUAAAAUAUAUUUUAUAUUUUAUUUUUUCAUCA